AAAGUAGUCCUUUGUAAGAGAAUAGUGUUUAUAAGAACUACAAAGAUCGGGAAGUAGUUAAUGCAUUACACUAAUAGCAUGCAAAAUCUGCAUACUUUGUCACAUAACCAAAUCUCCCUAAUCAAACCCUGUGAAACAUUAAUUUCCCAUCCUAAAUCAAUUUUUUCGGAUUUCCAUCCCUAACUUAUCCCUUGAAUCAUCCAUAAAAAUGACAGCCCAUGUUUCGGAGAAAUACAAAGUUGCCGUUAUUGGUAGCGGCAAUUGGGGUAGCGUUGCAGCCAAACUCAUUGCAUCCAAUACAAUCAACAAUAACAUCUUCCAUGAUGAAGUUCGGAUGUGGGUAUUUGAUGAAACUUUGCCAAGUGGGGAGAAAUUGUUGGAAAUCAUUAAUCAAACCAAAGUAAAUGUGAAAUACCUUCCUGGUAUAAAGCUUGGUAAGAAUGUGGUUGCUGACCCAGACCUUGAACAUGCAGUGAGAGAUGCAAACAUGUUGGUGUUUGUGACACCUCAUCAAUUUGUCGAGGGUAUUUGUAGAAGACUUGUUGGAAACUUAAGGAGGGAUGUUGAGGCUAUUUCAUUGAUAAAAGGCAUGGAGGUGAAAGUGAAAGGUCCAUUGAUGAUCUCCUCUGUAAUCUCUAAGCAACUUAAAGUUGAUUGUUGUGUUUUAAUGGGUGCAAAUAUAGCGGAUGAGGUUGCUGAUGAGAAGUUCAGUGAAGCAGCGUUAGGAUAUAGAGAAAAUAGAGAGGUUGCAGAGAGGUGGGUUCAACUCUUUGCAACACCUUAUUUUGCUGUCACAGCUGUCAAUGAUGUUGAAGGAGUGGAACUAUGUGGUACAUUGAAAAAUGUUGUGGCCAUUGCUGCAGGAUUUGUGGACGGAUUGGCUAUGGGGAGUAAUACAAAAGCUGCAAUUAUGAGAGUUGGCUUGAAUGAAAUGAGGGUCUUCUCCAAGCAGCUAUUCCCAUCUGUUAAAGAUGAUACCUUUUUCGAAAGUUGUGGUGUGGCUGAUCUUAUUGCAUCUUGUUUUGGAGGAAGGAACAGAAAAGUUGCAGAGGCUUUUGUAAUCAAUGGAGGAAAACUACCCUUCGAGGAGCUGGAAGCCGAGAUCCUGCAGGACCAGAAGCUGCAGGGUGUCUUGACAGCCAAAGAAGUAUAUGAAGUCUUAGAAAGCAACAUGUGGUUUGAUUCAUUCCCCCUUUUCAUAAUACACGAGAUUUGUGUCGGCGACAAACCGCCAUCGGCCAUAGUGCACUAUAAUGAAUUUCGAAAUGCAGCUGUAUAUUCAAGCUGUCUUUAACAAAAAGAUUGACGUUCAUGCAAUAUCCUAACUGAAAAUAACAAGUUGAAGAAAGGAACAUCGAGAAAAAUAUCGACAGAAAAUCAAGUUGUAUCCCCGGCCCUUACUAUUAGGCACAUAACUGAAAAUCACAAAUGAAAUGUUCGAGUGCAAUCUGUAAUUUGUAUCUUCAUUCUCUUUUUUUUCGUAUGAGCAUGAUGGAUAUUUGCAGAAUGAUACGUUAUAUGUAAUGGUUUUGCUCGUCUAUACCAGACACGAUUAACCCGACUGUUUUGAUGUCACUGCCACUAUUUUGUCAAUUUUGAUUUUGAAACUGAAUCAUUCAUAAAUCAGAUUGAGAGUUUAAUUAUAGAGCAUCAUCUUUAGAAGUUGUAAACUAAGGCUGUUAUGAGUUUGAGCUUCACCUAUAAUUUUCUGUGUUCCUGGAAAAUGGUUGCCUUCUCGACUAUUUGUGAUUCUCUUUCGACAUGUAGUCGAAGAUGCUUCUAGUAAGUGAUUGGAUCUAAUGACUUUUGUUUCGUUGAAAAUCGCCAAAUGAUGGACCAAUGUCAUGAAGCACAACAUAAAUGAUUAAUAUGGAU